UAAUAUCUGUGUGCAUGCCUGGGAAGGGUUGUACUGGUUUGAGCCUGCAAGUCAGUAUUCAGGGCCAAUUUUACCCAGGACUCUGUCUGUGUGAGUAUCAGAAACAUGGCGGAAAGCGAGUUGAACGUUGACAGCAUCAUCUCUCGAUUACUGGAAGUGCGAGGAUGUCGUCCAGGGAAGGUCGUACAGAUGACAGAGGCGGAGGUGCGGGGGCUCUGCAUCAAGUCCAGAGAGAUUUUCCUCAGUCAGCCGAUCCUGCUAGAACUAGAGGCUCCACUCAAAAUCUGCGGUGAUAUCCAUGGACAGUAUACAGACUUGCUGAGGCUAUUCGAGUAUGGAGGCUUUCCUCCAGAGGCCAACUAUCUGUUCCUGGGGGAUUACGUGGACAGAGGGAAGCAGUCGCUGGAGACCAUCUGCCUGCUGCUCGCCUACAAGAUCAAAUACCCAGAAAACUUCUUCUUGCUCAGGGGGAACCACGAGUGUGCCUCCAUCAAUCGCAUCUACGGAUUCUAUGAUGAGUGCAAGCGCAGGUUCAACAUAAAGCUCUGGAAGACCUUUACCGACUGUUUUAAUUGUCUGCCCAUUGCUGCGAUUAUUGACGAGAAGAUUUUCUGCUGCCAUGGAGGGCUCUCACCUGAUCUACAGUCCAUGGAACAAAUUCGCCGCAUUAUGAGACCCACUGAUGUCCCAGACACAGGCUUGCUGUGUGACCUGCUGUGGUCCGACCCAGACAAAGACGUCCAGGGCUGGGGGGAGAAUGAUCGAGGAGUUUCCUUCACCUUUGGGGCCGAUGUGGUCAGCAAGUUUCUCAACCGUCACGACCUGGAUCUCAUCUGCCGGGCACAUCAGGUUGUUGAAGACGGCUAUGAGUUCUUUGCCAAACGACAACUGGUGACGCUGUUUUCCGCCCCCAACUACUGCGGGGAGUUUGACAACGCAGGCGGCAUGAUGAGUGUGGACGAGUCCCUUAUGUGCUCCUUUCAGAUCCUGAAGCCGUCAGAAAAAAAAGCAAAGUACCAGUAUGGAGGGGUGAAUGCAGGACGCCCUGUCACUCCGCCUCGCACCACUCAGGCACCGAAAAAGAGGUGAGCGGCUGGCCCUGACUCUCCUCCCCCCCGGCUGGCCCACGUCCCUGCAGGCUGCCUCAAACACUCCAGCCUUCUCUCAGUCAGCUUGUUCAUGUGUAAACAAAAACUCCAGGAGUGUUUUUUGCUUGUUCUGUGGGUAUUUUUUAUGAACAUGUGAGUGGUAUUUUUUCCUCUUUUUUUUAUGCUAUGGUAUGUAUUAACUCAGCCCUCACUUCUACUAAUAUUAAAACCAAACUCUUGUGGAUGUUAAGAAAAGAUGCUUCUCUGCCUUCAGAUUAACAAUUUCCAUAGUGAAUGCAUGCACGCUGGUGAGAUUGAGACACACAAGCCAAUGUAAAAUCCAUAAAUUCUCCCAGACAACAGGGCCAAUUGUUUCUUGUCUCACCUUGAUUUGUCUAAUGUUCAUGUAAUUAACCUAAUUACUGCCAUUGCCCCCCUUCUAUAUAGGCUGAAGUAGUACCCUGCUUAAAGGAAUAGUUAGACAUUCUGGGAGUUAGAUGAGAAUACCACUCAUGUCUGUCAAAUAUGCAACUACCACCAGCAGCCGGCUAACUUAGCUUAGCACAAAGACUGGAAACGGGGGAAACAGCUUGCCUGGUUCAACGGUAACAAAAUCCACCUACUGGCUCUUUCAUUAAUAUGAAGUAUCUUGUUUAAUUUUUUUUUUUUUAUGGAUUAAACAAAGUGUAAAAACAACAAGCCUACAUUUUACAGGCGUUUUUGUGUUCCGACCCAGGACCCAUUGCAAGGCAACCAGCAGAAACUCCAAGAAGUUACCGGUCCCAACCAAGAAAUAGUCAGGCACAUAACCUCUGUAAAACUGUUGUUUUUACACUUUGUUUUGUAUGGAUUAAACAAACAAGUUAUAAUGUGUUAAUUAAUGAGCUUUAGAAGUUCUGGUAGGUGGAUUUUGUUAUCUUUGGACAGAGCCAGGUUACCCAUUUCCUGUUUCCAGUCUUUAUGCUAAGCUAAGUUAACAGGCUGCUGGCUGUAGCAUCAUAUUUAAACAGACAGACAUGAAGUAUCGAUCUUCACAUCUAACUCUCGGAAAGAAAGCAACUAAGCAUAUGUCCCAAAAUGUUGAAUUUUUACUUUAAGAAUCGCCCGUUAGACAUUGCUGACUUUCCCUUUCGACGCGAAUGUUUUUCUCCCCAUGUUUGAUUAUAUCAGUGCAAUCAGUAUUGCUAAAAUCUUGCCAUAUGCAAGUAUUAACAUUUGUAAAGGCCAUUAAAGCCUAUUUGAACUUUAAUAAAGAACACAGCCAAACUAUGCUGUACUAGGGCAUUGAUAUACAUUAGAUGCAAACACCAAACUCUGAAACUUUUGUGUCUCUCACAUCACUGAAGGCAUUGAGUAAUGCAAUAGCGUAAAAGUUUCAUUUUCACUUCUGACGUAAAUUCAGUGUAUGUGGAAUGUGGGAACCAAACAUCAGUGAGCACGUUGAGUUUGUGUCCAUUAUUCUGGUAAGUACAGUAGAUGUGUAGAAAAGUAGACACGGAUAUGCCGGUGGAAGACAAAAGGUGUAGAAAAGAAAUGUGAACACCACGGCAGAAACAGACAUACAGGACAGGAUUAAAAAAAAUAGUUAACAGUAGAUUAAUUUUUUGUUAAGUUGUUGCAGCUCGAAAAAAGCUGUUUAUUGUUCACAGCAGUAGAUGUCGACCUCCCACACUGAACAUCGUUGAACUUCCAGUCAUUGCAUGACAUUGUAAAGAGGUCAAAAUCAUCAAGUGGAGACAAUGGCGUUUUUUUGUUGUUGGCAUUAUGCUAGUUAUAUAACAUUGUUCCCACUUAGUGGUUAUUGAAUGAAGUAAAUCAUUUCCAACUCACUAAUGAACAUUUAACUGAUUUAUUUUUAUUUCAAUCUUGCCUUUCGCCUUGUAAAUCUAUUGGUCUUCAAGUUGGAAACAGUAUGUUAAGACGUUCUGAGAUUUGUACAAGUUUCUUUCAAAACGACUGAAAUAAAUGGAAGUGCUGUUGA